AUGAUGACAUCCCCAGGCACAACGACUACUCGACUCGGCGUCCACGCUGGUGUGGCUAGCCAGGUAGGACUUGCCAGUCCGGAUUUCGGAAUGGCAGUUGCUGUCCCUCAAUCCUUCGAUUUACAAACUGUAAGUUGUGGUGAUUCUUCUUCUGAUGCACACUCCCCUGAAAUGCCUAUUAUGAAAGCGAGUGAUCGACAAUCACGUAUUAUUGCAGAAAAACAUCGUAGAAGUCAAUUUAAUGGUCAAAUUGCUCAAAUGAUGACUUUAUUGUCAGAUAUAGUACAUUCACAACGAAAAGUUGACAAGACAAGUGUUUUACGACUUGCAGCUAAUAAACUACGCAACGAACAUAUAUUUGGUGACUCUAUUAAGUGCUGUCACCUUGAAACUUGGUCUUCAGCUAUAUUAAAAUUUUUUGACCUUAUUGGAGGUUUUAUGUUUGCUGUUACUUGUAAAGGUCGUAUUUUUAAUGUCUCUCCUAAUGUCCAAGAAAAAUUAGGAUAUUGCCAUAUAGAUUUACUAGGUCAGGACAUCUACAAUUAUAUUCACAAUGAAGAUAAAGAAACUUUAAGGCAACACAUUUAUCCAGUUGAAUUACAAACUGGAUGUAAUUCAAGAUUAUUUGAUCAUCUUCAUACUUUUCAUAUUAGGAUCAUGAGGUCUGGUGCAAGAUCAGAUCCUCCAAGAUAUGAGCGUUGUAGAAUAGAAGGUGUUCUUAGACGAUCAGAUCGAGCCACUGCUAAUGGAGUUCAAGAUGAACAAACAAUUAGAAGACAGAGAGUAAGGCAUCAUCGCACAUUUUCAUCAAGUGGUAAUGACUAUGUAUUUAUAGGCAUGGUUCAUGUUCUCUCAAAUAACUUACCUGCUAGAAUCUUACCACCUACAGCAUAUUCUGAAUACUGGACUCGACAUUUGUUAGAUGGUAGAAUUGUACAAUGUGAUCAAAGCAUAUCUCUAGCAGCAGGUUAUAUGACUGAUGAGGUUACAGGUACCUCUGCUUUUGUAUUCAUGCAUAAAGAAGAUGUUCGCUGGGUAAUCUGUGUAUUGAGACAGAUGUAUGAUCAAAGUAGGGAGUUUGGUGAAUCUUUUUAUAGACUUAUGUCACGUUCCGGCCACUUCAUUUAUAUGAGGACAAGAGGUUAUCUUGAAAUAGACAAAGAUACAAAAAAAGUACAGAGCUUUGUUUGUGCCAAUAGUGUCAUAGGAAAAGAAUAUGGUCAACAAAUGUUGAAAGAGAUGAAAAGAAAGUAUUCAGUGAUGGUAGAUGCAGAUAGAUUAGAAAAUGAAAAAGUUGUUUCUGCUGAUGAAGUCCCUGUGGAACAUCCAAGACAUUUAGAAAGAAUUGUAAUGCACUUAGUGGAGCCAGCAGUCAGUGAAAGUGUUGAUGAAUUUAAAUUAGUUGCACCUUCCAAAGAAAAUAUUAUUUCUGCUAUUAAAAAUAGUGAAAAAGUAGUUCAUGAAACAGGUAUUCGAUUUGAUACACGUAAAAGAAAAAACUCUGAUAGUGAUGACAACUGUGAACAUUUAAAAAGACAUAGUGGACUUUCUGACUCU